UCUUCACCUGACGUUGUCGCGGAGCGUUCUUUCUUUGUUACGCUGUGCGCGCAGUGCAUCGUGGGUAACGUAGUGUAAAGUAAGUGUAACGCCGGGGAAAUGUAGACGGUAAAACCUCGUCUUAAGGAAUUCCCAUUCAAUUAAUUUAUUUGCAAAUGCGUUUUGUUCAGUUCAACGUUCACAGAAAAACUCGUUCCCACACAACACUGCAGUGCGUGCAACAGAGGCAGAGAUGCAAUGUUUGACCACAGUACUUCGUCUGGAGUGAAAUGACUCAGUUAUACUUGAAAACAAGUAAACCGCGAACAUUUAGCAAUCGCAUUCAUUAUGAGAGACCACAGAAAACCUCCAGUACAACACUACACAUAUGUUCCAGUGGCUAUAAGAAGACAAUAAAAUUCAGCUACUACCUCGAUUACUAUAAAGAGAAAUAAGACUUGCUACUAUGCUGCUAAUGUCACUAAACGAGAAAGCAAACUUCCAACAACAAUAUCUUAAUUAGCCUAUGUUUCAGUGUUGGUUUUGAUGGUGUGAUGCUUAAGGGGAACUUAGUGGCAACUUGAAGACUCUUUAAUCCACGUAAGCUCAUGAUGCUUCUCUAAAUCCAUCCAAUCUGUCGAGUGCUCCUACUUAACAGCCCUACUCGAUAUAUCUGGGUCAAUAGAAGGUAGAAUGAGUUUACCGGUGCUGUGUGUGAGAUGAGUGAAAUGAAAACAAUUUAUAACUUAAAAGGAUCGUUUUAAAAUCAAGACCCAUUCCGAUUUUUCAUAAUCGGAUGAAAAGUCGAAGCCAUGAGAAGGAUCAACAUGAAAAGCAACGGGGACCAGUAUUUUUGCAGUCAGCCAGAAGUGGACUUUGAUACAAGUGUGAACCAUCAUCUUCUCAGCAGUGAGUUGAAAAGCAGCUGUGUGCAGCUGGCUGGAGAUCCAGAGCCAUGCUGCCAUGCCUGGACGGAUUCUCUACCUGCCAGAGUCAAGAACUGUAAUGGCAGAUCAUUUGCAAUGGAUGCUAGGAUUAGACUUGAUAGUUUGAAGUCUGGCUGUAAUUCGCCUUUACCUUGCUGUGCCAUGAAUAAUAGCACAGCGUCCAAUUUGAACAGUGAAGGAGAUCUCUGGGACAGUGAAGAGUCCCGCAAAGAACAGUCUGCUUUGGAUUUGGUAGAGAUCCUUGAUAUAGAGGAUGACAUGCGGGAUGAAGAGACCUGGUUAUAUGAGCCUCUAAAGAAGCAUUUUGUGGAGAAGGAGCCUGCUUUCAGAUGGUGCCGACACAUCCUUGAUAACCCCAGUCCUGAGAUGAAGGCUGCACGUCGUGUACUGAUAAAUAAACUGGACCAAAAUUCAAGACAUCACCUCUACAGACAUGAAAUGGUUUCCCAUCAUGCUCCUAGUUUCUCUCUGGACUCUUCUGUAUACAAAACAUCAGUUGACACAUCACUUGAUGACUCUGACAGUUUAGAUUGUGAUGAGCUGAACACCUCCCAUGACUCCAUAACUACAAGCUACAGACUGCAGGACAUCACAGAUGUCCACAUUAUGGCCAGAAUACAGGAAGCCAGUUUAAGACAAGAUUUUGUUUCAGUGCCAGCCACUACUUCACUCAGGAGAUACCCAGAGAUGCUUUCGUCUUGUUUUAACACCACAGUUGAAAACACUGACAAGUUUGCUGCCAGAAAUAAAACCAAAGCUGCUUCAUCUUCUUGUGGGCAGCCUGGUUUGUCAUCACUGAGCUCUUCCUGUUGCCAGUCACCAACAUCAGCAAGAAAGCAGGGGUGCCAAAGUCCCAAACUGACCAGACUUCACCAACAAGUCACUCAGUUCAAGCUGCUUAAACUUGUCCAGAAUCAAGGAACAUCUCCAAGCAGGACGAGGUCACCUCUACGGACAAGCCUCCGAUCCCUCCAGGCUGUCAGGAACAGUCGAAGUUUAGAUCACGAUGACUACCAACCUGUUGGCCAGUUCUCUUACCCACUAUCAGGUGUGUCACCUGGCAGAAUAAGGUCAGAUUGUGGGUCUUCUUCCUCUGCAUCAUCUCUGAACUCCAGUAGCUUCACUCACUUGAUAAAAGAGUCAUCAGUGCAGAUGGCAACCAUUAAGAAGCUGCAGAGGUCUCAGUCUCUCAGCCCCUGCAGGAUUCCUCACCCUGCGAAGGGAUACCUGUCUGUUCAUGGGCGUAUUUUUGCCUCACCAGAGAGGGUGACCACUGCAGCAUGGGGCAGACGUGGCCAAUCGAUUCAGCGUUGAAAAAUCUUAUCAGAGAAUCCCUUUUAAAUCACCAGUAAUGAUGCACAAUUAUACAUAAAUAACCUCAGAUACAUUAUUCUAAGUAGCUUGUAUGGUUGAUGAGUUUAUAUAAAUUUAUUAGGACUGACUGUAAAAAAAAAGUCUGUGUUAGUAUGCUUAAUGGUAUAUGAUACUACUGUGUAAGUAAGUAAAGUCACAGUCGUCACAAAGUGCUUCACAGGGAAAGCAAAGACAAAGAGAAAGUGUAAAGACAUUGGAUGUGCUUUGUCUGUCUGUAGUUCAUCAUUAAAAUGA